AUGGCAAAAGCAGGCCUUAUGACUGAUGUCACUCAAAAAUUGUUUGCGGAGCUAAAGUCGACGAAGGAGGAGACUCGAGUCCGAGCUGCCUGUGAGCUCUAUGACCUCAUGCUUUUGGUUUCGAGAGAUUCGCCUUCGGAGGAAUUUGUUGAGUUUUACAACGCCGUCAGCCAACGCAUCGCCCAUCUGGUGGUGACGGGCAAGGAAGCGAAUGAGCGAAUCGGUGGAAUCCUAGCCCUCGACCGAUUGAUCGAUUUGGAUGGUGUCGACGUCGCUCAGAAAAUAACACGAUUCGCGGGCUAUCUCCGCAGUGCACUUCGAAGUAAUGAAGAUGUCGUACUGGUAUACGCAGCCAGGUCGUUGGGGCGUCUAACAAAGUCUGGCGGUGCUCUUACUGCAGAGCUGGUGGAAAGCGAGAUUCAAUCAGCUUUGGAAUGGCUUCCAUCAGAGCGACAAGAAAGUCGGCGGUUUGCCGCCGUGCUCGUCAUCCGGGAGCUUGCCAAGGUUUCUCCGACACUCUUGUACGGAUUUGUGACACGGAUUUUCGAGCUCGCUUGGGUUGUGCUACGGGAUCCAAAUGCUCUGAUCCGAUCCACUGCCGCGGAGGCUGUGGGCGAGUGCUUUGAGAUCAUUGUUGCCCGUGAUGCGCAAUUCGGACAAUUUUAUGAUGAAGCCCUACUGGGCCUGAAAUCUCAUAAUGUGGAUUGUAUUCACGGAUCGCUUCUCAUACUGAAGGAAUUCGUGCUCAAGGGUACCGUCUUCAUGAGAGAGCACUACCAUAGUGCUUGUGAGAUUAUCCUACGUUUUAAGGACCACCGAGAUCCCAUAAUUCGUGCUCAAGUCGUCCUCACCAUCCCUAUCCUCGCAUGCUACGCACCCAAUGAUUUUGCUGAGGUCUACCUACAUAGAUUUAUGAUAUACCUGCAAGCGCAACUCAAGAGAGACAAAGAGCGAAACUCGGCCUUCAUUGCGAUCGGCAAAAUUGCAAAUGCAGUUGGUCUCGCCAUUGCCCCAUAUCUAGACGGAAUACUUGUCCAUAUUCGUGAAGGGCUUUCGAUGAAGGCGAGAAAUCGAGGAAGUUUCAAGGAAGAGCCAAUUUUGGAGUGCAUUUGCAUGUUGUCGUUGGCAAUGGGUCAAACAUUUAGCAGAUACAUCGAAGCUCUUCUAGAUCCCAUCUUUGCUUGUGGCCUCAGCAAAUCAUUAACUCAGGCUCUGGGGAACAUUGCUCACUAUAUUCCUUCUACCAAGCCUAUGAUACAAAAGAAACUCAUUGAUAUGCUGAGCAUCAUCUUGUGCGGCGCCCCAUUCCGGCCGCUGGGAUGCCCCGAGCAUCGUUUACUCCCCAUGCCCUCAUUCGCAAAAGUUUUAGGGGCCCUUGGUUCUCGCACCGCCUCCGAACUCACUCUGGCUCUUCACACCCUUGGCAGCUUCGAAUUUUCGGACCAAAUUCUGAAUGAGUUUGUACGCGAUGUUGUUGUCAAAUAUAUCCAGCACGAUAACCCCGAGAUUCGGAAAGCAUCGGCGCUCACUUGCCGCCAACUAUCAUUUCAUGAUCCGAUCAUAAAUCAAAAUAGUGGCCAUUCCACCAAAGUUGUCAGCGAAGUCAUUGAUAAACUUCUAACCAUUGGCGUUGGUGAUCCUGAUCCCGAGAAUCGGUGCACUGUUUUGAGGUCAUUGGACCGCAAGUUCGACCAUCACCUGGCAAAACCUGAGAAUAUUCGAUGCUUGUUUCUGGCUGUCAAUGAUGAAGUCUUCCAUGUGAAAGAGGCCGCCAUCUGUAUUAUCAGUCGUCUUGCCAGUGUGAACCCUGCCUAUGUAUUCCCGCCAUUGCGGAAAUUGCUUGUUAAUCUUCUUACUGGACUUGAGCUUGCGAAAACUGCUCGCCAGAAGGAAGAGACCACACAACUGAUCAGCUUGUUUGUGUCCAAUGCAACUCGGCUGAUUCUUUCUUACGUGGACGCUAUGGCAACAGCACUAUUACCGAAAUUAACGGACGCUAACCCCAGAGUCGCUGCCGUUACAUUCAAAGCUGUCGGUGAGCUUGCAAAUGUGGGUGGCGCAAAGAUGACGGAAUAUCUUUCCCAGAUUGUGCCCAGAAUUUUGGAUUCGCUCCGGGAUUUUUCCUCUGUUAUCAGACGCGAAGCUGCACUGAAGACGCUGGGUCAGUUAGCGAGCAAUUGCGGCUAUGUCAUAGAGCCCUACCUUGAAUAUCCUCACCUUCAUGGUGUAUUGAUCAACAUAAUCAAGACCGAACCAAUGGGCACCCUGAGAAAGGAAACUAUCAAAAUUUUUGGUGUUCUAGGGGCUUUGGACACCUACAAGUACGAGCAAAUCAGCAACACCGAGCCUGAUGUCCAUCAUAUCAAUGAGAUCAAAACUGUCUCCGAUGAAGCUUCCAUCACGCAAGGCCUGACGCCAUCCAACGAAGAUUAUUACCCCACAGUGGUCAUUCAUACUCUGCUGCAAAACAUUUUGCGCGAGAACUCCUUGGUCCAAUACCACUAUGCCGUCAUCGAUGCUAUCGUUACCAUCUUCAAGACCCUCGGUCUUAAAUGUAUUUCAUUUCUCCGGCAAAUAAUCCCGGCCUUUAUCUCGGUUAUCAGAAGUUCUCCGCCUAGCUGCUUGGAGUAUUACUUCAACCAAAUGGCUAUUCUCGUCAAAAUCGUGCGACAGCAUAUCCGUGUAUACCUCCCAGAUAUAAUUGACGUUAUUCGCGAGUUCUGGGAUACUUCCUAUCAACUCCAGGGUACACUCUUGUCGCUUGUCGAGGCUAUCGCUAGAUCCCUAGAAGGAGAAUUCAGGAAAUUCCUCGCUAGAUUGAUCCCCUCGAUGCUCGAUACGUUGGAAAAGGACACAACGCCCCACCGUUCACCAUCGGAGAAGGUGCUCCACGCUUUCCUGGUUUUUGGUUCGACCGGCGAGGAAUAUAUGCACCUGAUCAUACCUUCCAUUAGUCUUCGCAAGUCUGCUAUCAAGAGCUUGGACAAGCUUUCGCGUCAAGUGAAUAUCUCCGAUUUCGCAUCCCUCACGGUGCAUGCUCUAUCACGAGUAGUUGCCAGUGGAGACAGUGUUUUACGGAAAGCUGCCCUGGACUGUAUAUGCGCCUUGAUCUUCCAACUCGGUCAGGAAUUUACACAUUAUAUCCAUCUUUUCCACAAGCCUCUCAAAAAAUAUCAAAUUACGCAUGUCAAUUACGAAAUCCUAGUCACAAAACUUGAAAGGGGAAACCCUCUUCCUCAAGACCUCUACCCCGAAGAGCAUUACGCAUAUCCCGCCGAUGACCCUGUUUUGGCGGAGGCUGGCCAAAAAAUUUUUUCUGUGAACCAGCAGCAUCUCAAGAAUGCCUGGGAUGUUUCCCAAAAAUCUACGCGCGAGGAUUGGCAGGAGUGGAUACGUCGUUUCGGACUUGAGCUUCUUAAACAAUCCCCAUCUCCCGCCCUGCGUGCAUGUGCUAGCUUGGCUGGAAUCUAUCAGCCACUGGCAACGUAUCUUUUUAAUGCUGCCUUUCUGUCUUGCUGGAUGGAGCUGUAUGAUCAGUACCGAGAUGAACUGGCUCAUUCAAUCGAAAAAGCUCUCAUAUCUCCAAACAUUUCGAUGGAGAUCCUUCAAGUCCUUCUCCACCUUGCCGAGUUUAUGGAACACGAUGAUAAGGCUCUUCCGAUUGAUAUCCGCACACUAGGUAAAUAUGCUGCAAAAUGUCAUGCUUUCGCCAAAGCACUUCACUACAAGGAGCUUGAGUUUGAGCAGGAGCAGAACUCGGGAGCAGUUGAAGCUUUGAUUACUAUAAACAGCCAGUUACAGCAAUCAGACGCUGCUAUCGGCAUUUUGCGUAAAGCACAAGCAUACCUGGAUGUGGAGUCUAAGGGAACCUGGUUUGAGAAACUUCAACGAUGGGAUGAGGCUCUCGUUGCGUACAAGCGUCGCGAGAAGGUAGGCCCCGACUGUUUUGGCAUCACAAUGGGUAAAAUGCGCUGUCUACACGCCCUGGGAGAGUGGGAGGUUCUGUCAGAUUUGACUCGAGAGAAAUGGAAUCAAGCAUCUCUUCAGCACCGUCGAGGCAUUGCUCCUCUGGCUGCCGCUGCCGCCUGGGGCUGUGGACAGUGGGAGCUGAUGGAUUCGUACCUUGGCUUGAUGAAGGAGCAGUUCCCAGAUCGAUCUUUCUUCAGUGCCAUUCUUGCCAUUCACCGCAACCAGUUCGAGCAGGCCCAUAUGUACAUUGAAAAGGCACGCGAUGGACUUGACACUGAAUUGUCUGCGCUUCUGGGAGAGGGUUACAGCCGAGCCUACAAUGUGGUUGUGCGGGUCCAGAUGCUUGCUGAGCUGGAAGAAAUCAUCACAUACAAACAGAAUGUGGGUGACUGUGCAAAGCAGGAUUCUAUGCGCCAAACCUGGAACAAACGUCUGCUCGGGUGCCAGCGACAUGUGGAAGUAUGGCAACGCAUGUUCAAGGUCAGAGCUCUUGUCACCGCCCCGCGAGAGAACCUUGACAUUUCCAUCAAAUUCGUCAACCUUUGCCGCAAAUCUGGCCGCAUGGCUCUUGCGGAAAGAUCUCUUGCCUCGCUUGAGAAAUUUACUUCUAAUGAUGAUGGAGCAUGCACAAUAUCACCACCCGAGGUCAAAUACGCCCGACUAAAACUCAUCUGGGCGAAUGGCAAUCAAACAGAAGCCCUCGAUAUGCUCAAAGAUUUCAUUGCAGACUUGACUGAUGAUCUUUCCAAAUAUAACACUUCAAUGAUUUCACAGAAUGAGCACCAGCAUAACGGAAUGAAUGGUGUCAAUGGAAUGGCAGGCCCAAGUCACCUCGAAGCCUUUGGUUUGUGUGGACGAAUUGGUGAUGUGGACAAACUAAGAAAGCUGCUUUCUAAGAGCCACCUGAGAUUGGGAGAAUGGCAGACUACCCUCCAAAACGGCGAUUGGCGAGCGCAGUAUGUACGUAAUGUUCUCAGCGCUUAUUCAGCCGCCACACAGUACAAUCGCAACUCUUACAAGGCUUGGCACUCUUGGGCUCUUGUCAACUUGGAAGUUGUGACGACAAUCUCCAACCAAGCCAGUUGUGAUGGCAAGCCUGCGCCAGUCCCCGCGAAUAUCGUGACAGAGCAUGUCAUUCCAGCUAUUCGUGGAUUUCUGCGAUCUAUUACACUGUCAUCAAACUCCUCAUUGCAAAAUACGUUGAGAUUGCUUACCCUGUGGUUUACCCAUGGCGGUGAUCACGAACUCGCUGUGACCCCGCAGCUUAUUGCUCGAAUCAACCAGCCUAACAUUAGGGUUCGUUCCUCAGUCCAUCGGUUACUCGCUGAGGUUGGCAAGACGCAUCCUCAAGCCCUGGUCUAUCCAUUGACAGUGGCCAUGAAGUCAAACGUGACAAGCCGCUCCCAGUCUGCUACUAAGAUCAUGGAAAACAUGCGGCAACACAGCGCCAAGCUCAUUGAGCAGGCAGAUCUUGUCAGCCACGAAUUGAUCAGGGUUGCUGUCUUGUGGCACGAGCUUUGGCACGAGGGCCUGGAAGAAGCGUCCCGCCUCUACUUUGGCGAUUCCAACGUUAAAGGCAUGCUCGAAACGCUUGCGCCACUUCAUGACAUGCUUGACAAAGGUGCAGAAACGCUCCGUGAAGUGUCGUUCGCGCAAACCUUUGGUCGCGAUCUUGCAGAAGCUAAGCACUAUUGCAUGCUUUACCGCCAGACCCUUGAAAUUGGUGAUUUGAACCAAGCUUGGGACCUCUACUACACAGUAUUCCGUAAGAUCAGUCGACAGCUUCCGCAACUGUCUAUCCUUGAUCUCAAGUAUGUGUCUCCGCGUCUAAAAUGCUGCUCGGACCUCGACCUUGCCGUGCCGGGAACAUACCAAAGUGGUCGCCCGAUCAUCCGCAUCAUGAGUUUCGAUCCCGUCUUACACGUUCUUCAAACCAAGCAGCGACCUCGACGAAUGACACUCAAGGGUAACAACGGAUGCUCCUACAUGUAUGCACUCAAGGGUCGUGAGGAUAUUCGUCAAGAUGAGCGAGUUAUGCAACUCUUCAGUCUUUGCAACACUCUCCUUGACCAUGAUAGCGAAAGCUUUAAGCGUCAUCUUUCUGUUCAGCGUUUCCCUGCUAUUCCCUUGUCUCACAGUUCUGGCCUUCUGGGAUGGGUGUGUAACAGUGACACAUUGCAUACAUUGAUUAAGGAGUACCGCGAAAGCCGCCGUAUCCUUCUUAAUAUCGAGCACCGAAUUAUGCUCCACAUGGCACCAGAUUACGAUAGCCUCACUCUGAUGCAGAAGGUUGAGGUCUUCGGAUAUGCCAUGGACAACACUACAGGGAAAGACUUGUACCGGGUCCUGUGGUUGAAGAGCAAAAGCUCAGAAGCGUGGCUUGAGCGACGGACCAACUACACUCGAUCGUUGGGUGUCAUGUCAAUGGUUGGCCACAUUCUUGGCCUGGGUGAUCGUCAUCCUUCCAACUUGUUACUAGAGCGCAUGACUGGCCGUGUCAUUCACGUCGAUUUCGGAGACUGUUUCGAGGUGGCUAUGCACCGUGAAAAGUAUCCUGAGCGAGUGCCAUUCCGUUUAACUCGUAUGUUAACAUUCGCCAUGGGGGUAAGCAACAUCGAGGGAAGUUAUCGUAUUACCUGUGAGGUGGUCAUGCGUGUUCUCCGCGAGAACAAAGACUCACUAAUGGCUGUUUUGGAAGCCUUCAUCCACGACCCAUUGAUCAAUUGGCGGCUUGGUGCUCACGAUUCUCCCGAUCAUGUGUCUCUCACCGCAGAGCGCCACCAGUCAAUCGAGGACAUCAACUUUGAACACGGCGUGCAAUCGAAUACCUACACUCGCCACCGCCGUUCUUCUAUACCGGAGGGAGGUUUUCUUGAUGCCCAAGAAGGGGUUCCAGUUGAAGCACAUGAGGCUCAGAAUGCCCGUGCCCUAGAGGUCCUUGCUCGGGUCAGACAGAAGCUGGCUGGACAUGACUUCCAGUACCAUGAGGAACUCAAUAUUAGAGAUCAGGUCGACAAGUUGCUUGCCCAGGCUACUAGUGUGGAAAAUCUUUGCCAGCACUGGAUUGGCUGGUGCAGUUUCUGGUGA